AGAAUUUGUGCUAAGAUAAUCUUUCUUCGUCUUGGAGCUUUCUCACGAAUAUUUUUGGAAGCUAUAUCACAGUCCAGUUAAGUUAAAUCCCUACAGACCUCAUUAUAUUUUUGCAAGCUACGAACGUUUUCCGGCGACGUUUACAUCUAGCAAAAAUCCCGGUUGGCAGGUAUGACAAGCAAACUGAUGAAUAACCCUGACUUCUCCCACCCCUGGCACUUCAGCGAUGUGGUACUGUCUGUGGAGGGGACCAGAUUCCACGUGCACAGGAGCACCUUGUCAAUGUGGUCCCCAGUAUUUGAGAAAAUGUUCACGUCCGAAUUCGCAGAGAAAGACGCCGAAGAGAUAGCGUUACCUGGGAAAAAAGCCAAGGAAGUCGAAGUGCUACUCAAGAUCGUGUACUCUCACGGAAGGGCACAGAAAGUAACAGAUGAAAACUGCCAAUUUCUCCUGGAACUUUCAGACGAGUAUCAAAUGGAACGGGUAAAAGAACUUUGCUGUGAAUAUCUCUCUUGCAACGUGCACGAUACAAACUGUGUGAAGUUUUACAUGAUUGCAGACAGGUUUGGUCUCGAUGCUCUCCUGAAAGAAACACUCCAAGAGAGCAAAUAUUUACCUUUGAGCUCUUUGGAGAAGGACGAUUUUUUCAAGGAGCUUCCCGAUAAAACAAAAUUAGAAAUCUGCAAGGCAAGGAUACAGGAACUCGAAAAGACUCUGGCUGAAUAUGUCAGCACGUGUUCGAGCCUAGUGAGCGGCGUGUACAAGAGAGUCGCCGAGAAAGUUCAGACAACGGAGUGCGAUAACUAUGAAGUGCAUCGAUGUGGGGUGAAUGAGCGAUUCAAACUUUCGUGCAAAUGCUGCAGAAGACGAGUGCAAUACGCUAAUUGUGAUAUAGAAUACUGGGAUUUCAGAACUCAGUUGAAAAAGCUCUUUGACCUGGAACACUGCAACAGAACAGCUCGACAAUGCAAGAGUUCAGCAGCGGCAAGCUGAACGGCAUGUGAAACGAUUGCCAAGUCCGAGGUCUCGUUGCAAGGGGAGACCGCUUAUUCAAACGUGACGGGGAGAGGGAAUCCUCGUAUCAUUUAGGGCUUCAAAUUUGUGGUUUGAUACAGUCUAGAAGCUAAUCGAAAGAGUCGGUACCUCUGAGAUUGAGGCACGCCCGAAACACACAGACAUGGUACAUUUUAGGGGUUUCUUUCAUAAUCUACCACAGUAAGCCGUGUGAAAUCUAAUGGGAGUUCUCCCCCCGCCCCCUACUCUCGCGCACCCCUUUACCCGAAAAAGGGGUUUCGACAGUGGUUCAAAGAUGUUCUCCUGUCUAAACAAAGUUCUCAAUAGUUGUAAAUAACGUCUUCGGAUAUCUUAAAUAUUUACUCAAGUUAGGUUUGUUUGGGCGCGACCCGAAUCGGAUAUACCUUUUCAAUCGCCUGUGCAUCAAUUAUGAGUUAUUUUGUUAGUGUCCUUUGUCUUCGUCCGCCAUUUUCAACCAGUUAGUCAAGGUCGUCACAAACCGUGGACUGUUUCAGAUGAAGAAUACAAAACGCAAAAACCGACACAACGUAGGGUGAUUUUUUGAAGGUGUA